UGGGAUGCAACAGAUACGUCCCUCACAGCAAAAUCCAUCUGAGCAACAUGAAGGAGCUUAUAUUGUUGAUUCCAUCUCUUUUAGGAAUUCUUGAAAUUUCUCCGGUGUUUUCAAGAAAAGAAGCUCCUGUGAAUUGCAUAUGGAAUUCAUUUGGUCCUUGGUCUGACUGCGAUGGUUGUUCUAAAACCCAGACGCGAAGACGCUCUAUAAAUGUCUAUGCUCAGUUCGGUGGCCUUGAAUGUUCUGGAAGUGCAUCUGAAACAAGGCCAUGUGUUCCCACUAGAGGCUGUCCGAUAGAGGAUGGGUGCGGCAACCGAUUCCGUUGCUUUUCAGGUCAGUGUAUCAGCCAAUCAUUGGUGUGCAAUGGAGACCAUGACUGUGAAGAGGACAGUGCUGAUGAGACAAACUGUGACGUUCGAAACAAAGUUUGUGACACUGAUAAAUAUCCUCCAAAUACAGAACUUACUGGACUGGGUGUCGACAUAUUUACUCAAGAAUUAAAAAGUCAUGUGAUUCACACAAAAAGUUUUGGGGGGAAGUGCCGCAAAGUAUUUAACGCUGACAACAGAGACUACUACAGGUUAAGUGAAAAUGUUCUGACUUACACAUUUAAGAUUGAAACAAAGAAUGAUUUUAGCUAUGAUUUUUACAACAGCAGUUGGUCUUAUGUACGCAACUCAGAAACACACGUUAGAACUAAUUAUAAUUAUAGGGACGAUAAAGAAAACAAGUUCAGCCAAACAAAGGAAAAGAGUUACCAGCUCAUGGUUAUCCAAAAUUACGUUGAGGUGGCUCAGUUUAUAAACAAUGACGCAGAGUUUCUAGCUCUUUCUGAACCUUUCUGGAAAGACCUUUUCAAUCUCCCAUCAGUGUACGAAUAUACCGCCUAUCGAAAACUUAUUGAAAAAUAUGGAACCCACUUCUUGCAGUCUGGAUCCUUAGGAGGAGAAUACAAAUUCCUGUUCUACCUGGAGAGCGAAAAACUCACCCAAAAUGGUGUGACAAUUAGUGAUAUGCAGAAAUGUACUUCGAGUAGCUUUAGUUUUUUGUUUGUUUCAUCUUCGUCAACCGAAUGUAAGAAGGUAGCGGAAUCAAUAAAAUCCUCAUCAGGCUCCAGCAGCAAAGAAGUCCGUGGUUCUGUGAAGGUCACAGGAGGAGAUCCGAAGUUUGUCAGUGGCUUGAACUAUAUCAAUUUAGAUAAUCCGCUUGCAAACCGGGACCGAUACGCAGCCUGGGCUGGUUCUGUAUCAAAUCUGCCCAGCAUCAUAAAAAUGAAGCUGACACCUCUAUAUGAACUGGUACGAGAAGUUCCCUGUUCUUCAGUGAAGCGAUAUUACUUGAAGCGAGCCAUAGAGGAAUAUAUGAAUGAAGAAGAUCCGUGUAAAUGCAAACCGUGUCAGAACAAAGGUCUACCUGUCAUUGUGGGCUCUAAGUGUGUCUGCCAUUGUAAGCCAUAUACUUAUGGUUCGGCUUGCGAAGGAGGAACUUUAGUACAGGAUGACCCAGGAGUCAUCGAUGGUAGCUGGAGUUGCUGGUCCUCAUGGAGCACCUGUCUGUCUGGCUCAGGUAGAAGAGUAAGAAAUCGUGUUUGUAAUAAUCCACCCCCUAGUGGUGGUGGGAAGAAGUGCAUAGGGGAUUCCAUAGAAAGUCAACAAUGUGAAGAUGAUGAACUGAACCAUUUCCGGGAAGUCGAACCUCAUUGUUUUGAUAUUGUCUUAGAACCUACAGAAUUCUGUCCAUCUCCUCCUCCACUCGAUAACGGACAUAUUCAGGAGGCUGGUUCCUCGUUCCAUGUUGGUAAACGUAUAACUUACAUCUGUAAUGAAGGAUACACUUUAGUAGGUAAUCCCAUUGCUGAAUGCACCAAAGACCUUUUGUGGCAGAUGGAAUCUAUUCAUUGUAAAGGAGUUAUGUGUUCUUAUCCCGUUCUCCCACACAACAUUAAAGGUGUCCCAGAAAAGUCAGCUUAUCAGGUUGGAGAUAAAAUAGGUGUAUCGUGUCCACGAGAUUUUUAUUUAGUGGGUCCGGACAGCCUUCUCUGCAGGUCAAGUCUCACCUGGUAUCCUGACACUCAAAGCAUUGAAUGCAAAAAAAGAGUUACUGGAGCGACACCAAAAACACCUGGAAGUAUAUGUCAGCCAUGGGAAAAAAUCCAGGAUUCCAAAUGUACUUGUAAAAUGCCAUAUGAAUGCGGGUCUUCGCUGGAUGUAUGUGCAGUUGAUGGUAGAAACAAUAAAAAUGUCGCUCUAACCAUCUGUAAAAUGUAUGCUCUUGAAUGUUUGGGACGAAAAUAUACCCUGACGCAACCUGAAAAAUGUAAAUUCCAAGAAGUCACAGAAACCUCUUGUGAUUCCUGUCAUAUCUGGCAAAUUUGCUCAGAUAAAACGAAUACAUGCGCCUGCAGAGAAUCUGGAACUUGUGGGGAUGAUGGAAUCAGCAUUUGUGUCCAAGUAAAUGGCAUAAAGAAAACCUUGACUGAAUGUGAAGCUGGAGUCCUCAAGUGCCAAGGGGAGAAUGUUGCAAUUGUCAGCAUAAGUCCUUGUGACACAUAGAGGAAUCUCUGGAUUUCAUGCUUCAUUUACUCAACUGAUGUAGACCAUGUCAAAGAAACUCAGUGUUUCAGCAGUGUAAGAAUUUCAUUAUUCUUAAAAAAUACCUUUGAAAUAUUAUAUUUUGCACACAAAAUGUAACAAAUACAGUUUGCCAAACAUUGUUUUAA